AGGAAAGGUAUAUCGUCAUUUACCGCACGUGACGCACCCACAUGGUAGCCGAGAUUCUACUUGAUUGUCUUCAAGAAACUCUUUUGAGCUUAUAUCUGCAGCUAGCUGUUACAUACAAGCAUGCCUCCGAAGAAAUCGACUGGAGGUCAGAAAGCUGUAGUGCCGGACCCAACCGUUCUGCCCGAUGGGGGCGACCCGGCACUAGUGGCUAUGGCAAUUGUCGACAAGAAAAAAAGAAAUUUAGAGAAACGAAAGAACAAGCUUGAGAGUCUAAAGGAAGGAUUGGACAGUGGCACUCGACUGGACACGGACCAGAUAGCCGCAGUCGCUAAGCUCAACGAUGUUUCGAUACAGCUGGAACUCAUCAAGGAGCUUCAGAAACAGUUCACCACUCUCCAAUCUGACUUUCAAAAAAGCCGGAAGAGACAGCAGAAAGCUGAUCGAUUGGCUGCCCGAGAGAGUGAGAAGGAGGCCGAGCGUAAGGCUGUGGUGUAUACCCUCAGGAUACAGGACCUCCUCACCAACAUGGGGGACGAAGACAAGGACAACUUCAGGACAGGGACCAAUGGAGCUCUGCUGCUGUCUGAGUCUGAGCUGUUCCAACUGGACGAGGUGUAUGGGAUACUCACUCCAUCACGUCAGGCCAACCCAAGCUAUGCUGAUGAUCUAGAGCGUGCCAGUGAGUUUAUCCAGCAGAUCAUUGAGCAGUCUGGGAAAGAGGCCCUGGGAUCAACAUACAAGCAGCUCUACGAACUCUUCCAGAAGAUUGAGGGGUGUGGUUACUUUGAUCGCCCCGCCUCUGACACUGGAGAUGAUGAGGAGUCACAGGAAGAGGGCGUGGCAGAUGAUGAAGACUACAGAUCGGCAGAGGACAAUCUCACACCAGCUAACGAGGAGACGGGUAGUUACGAGAGGAGCACCCCCGUAGGGGAGGAGAUCAUGGAGCCAUUAUAUGCACCCCCCACAGAGAUUCAACAGGAACUAGAGCCUGUCAUACAACCAGACAUGCUAACAGGUUACACACCCUCAGCUCCAUCCCCCACAUUUCCUGGUCUAGGCCCCUCCCCCGUCCAACCCAUCGCUGGGGACGGCUUCUCAUUCAUGCAUGACUCAGAGGUCGACAGAGGAAGUCUUCAGGCUAUCUCCCAACCCCCCACAACUCUGGACAGCACUCAUAUAACCCCCUCACUACUCCCAACCUCCCCUGACCCCCAGAGGCCGGCCCCCCCUAUGGCGUAUUCUCAAUACCCCCAGACCAACGAGAGACUGGCGACUGAGGAUAUGAGUAAACUAAGUAUCGUGGGCCCUGGUGGAGACAUCAUUCCACACCCGGCAUCAACCACCGUCAAUCAGUCAGGUGCUCAGAGCGACCUCGCUGCUACGGACGUGGCCACAGGUCAGCCAAAUCAGAGCACUAACGCUUAUCAGGGGGGUGGUCUAAUUAACUCUGCCACGCCCCCUGUAUCUUAUCAUUACGGCGGAGUGGCCAUGGGAGACGCCUCCUCAGGAUACCCAAGUCAACUUGGAGCUCCUGUGAGGGUCAGCGAAGGUCAGCCUCGAGGUGGGCGUGGCAAUCGUAGAGGUGGUGGUCCAGGGCAAGGGGGUCCUAAGAACUCUGGGGGUAUGUAUCGUAAUGGCCGAGGGAUGCAAGGAGGCUAUGACAAUAUGGGCGGGUAUGCAACCAACAACAGAGGUUACUCUACAGCUGGAGGAGCUGUCUAUCCUAGAGGAGGAGGUUCUCAAAAUGGUGGUGGUGGUGGUCGUGCAAACUAUCGGACCAACAAUGCACCACAAGGCACUAGGAAGUGAUCAUGUGAUAGUCAUGUGACUUUGAACUGUACCUAUAGAGACUCGUCUAUGUACCAUGAACGAUAUUUGAUUGAUGGGCUGUUGGUUUCGUUUAAAUUAUUUAAUCAUUAUUGUGUUAAUUAUUAAUUGUGAUAAUUUUAUCAUUGAUUGGUUGUGUGCAACAAUUAAUUAAAAGUGUGGAUCAAAAAUUGGAUUCAGAAAA